AUGGAUUGCGCUUGCGUAGCCAGACGUGGCAGCGGCAUCAUGGCUUCUUGCAACCGAUUCGGGAGGCGUAGGAGACUGGUCGAAAUGUUCUUAUUCCUGUCAUUGGUUGCAGUGUCAUCCGCCCUGCAGGCAGCGAAGGUGUCUCCGCUCAUAGAGAAAGUCAGUGACCACAAGGAUUUCAAGAAACUUCUGAGGACCAGAACUAAUGUGCUUGUCUUGUAUACAAAGUCAGCUUCGUCUGGAGGUGCUCAUCUAAAGCUGCUGUCUGAUGUGGCUCAGGCUGUGAAAGGUCAGGGUACCAUCGCCUGGGUAAACUGCGGGGAUUCAGAAGGACGCAACUCUGUAAAAAAGUCAAGGGAUGGGACCUUCCACACAGAAUAUAACAGACCAGCCACAUUUAAG